AUGGACCUGGCCUCAAUAGUACCCUCACAAAUGCAUUUAACUCGGCCGAUACCCGAAAUCACGCUGCAGCUGGCUCCGGAUUUAGUGCGUUCGGCAGUCUCCGGAUUCACACAUGCUUCCUCUGCACCGAAUCCUGGUGAGGCCAGUGUUAUGUGUGAAGAAGCCGGUUCAACCCCGACUGGUUUUCGCCGCCGACUACUGCCACCUGAACCCAAACCAAACCGCUACUCCUGCCCUUCAGAAAUUGGUCGCAAUAGUCAGGUAUUUAAUUACAGUUCCAUCCAAAAUGGUGAAAUAUUUGGGUUUAAAUAA